UGAAAGACGCUAAAAAAAAAAGGAAAAGCCCAACAGAGCGAACUGGAUCGUUCCCUCCAGCAAGAACUCGCUUCUUCUCUUCCCCACCUCGACGAAACCCUACUCCGCUGGCGAUGUCGUCAUCCGCCCCGGCGGCAGCGAUGGCCGUGGACGACGCGGAGGACGACCAGCUCACCUCCAUGUCCACGGAGGACAUAGUCCGGGCCUCUCGCCUCCUCGACAACGAGAUCCGCGUCCUCAAGGACGAGCUGCAGCGGACGAACCUGGAGCUAGAGUCGGUCAAGGAGAAGAUCAAGGAGAACCAGGAGAAGAUUAAGCUCAACAAGCAGCUGCCCUACCUCGUCGGCAACAUCGUUGAGAUCUUGGAAAUGAACCCCGAGGAUGAAGCUGAGGAGGAUGGUGCUAAUAUUGAUUUAGACUCACAAAGGAAAGGAAAAUGUGUUGUUCUGAAGACCUCCACGAGACAAACUAUAUUCCUUCCUGUUGUUGGGUUAGUUGACCCUGACAAGCUCAAGCCAGGUGAUCUGGUUGGUGUGAACAAAGACAGCUACCUUAUACUGGAUACACUGCCAUCGGAGUAUGAUUCACGAGUGAAGGCAAUGGAGGUAGAUGAAAAGCCCACUGAGGAUUACAAUGAUAUUGGAGGUCUUGAAAAGCAGAUUCAAGAGCUUGUGGAGGCAAUUGUGCUGCCCAUGACACAUAAAGACCGGUUCCAAAAGUUGGGUAUUCGUCCUCCAAAAGGAGUUCUUCUGUAUGGACCACCAGGAACAGGGAAGACACUCAUGGCUCGUGCAUGUGCUGCACAGACUAAUGCAACUUUCCUGAAGUUAGCUGGUCCACAACUUGUUCAGAUGUUUAUUGGUGAUGGAGCAAAGCUUGUCCGGGAUGCAUUUCAGCUUGCCAAAGAGAAAGCUCCCUGUAUUAUAUUUAUUGAUGAGAUAGAUGCCAUUGGUACCAAGCGAUUUGAUAGUGAAGUUAGCGGUGACAGAGAAGUUCAGCGGACUAUGUUGGAAUUGCUGAAUCAACUAGAUGGGUUCAGCAGUGAUGAGAGAAUAAAGGUCAUAGCUGCGACAAACCGUGCCGACAUCCUUGACCCUGCUCUGAUGCGAUCUGGUCGUUUGGACCGAAAGAUCGAGUUCCCUCACCCAUCUGAAGAAGCAAGAGCUAGAAUCUUGCAAAUUCAUUCGAGAAAGAUGAAUGUAAAUCCCGAUGUCAACUUUGAAGAGUUGGCUCGCUCAACAGAUGACUUCAAUGGUGCACAGCUCAAGGCAGUUUGUGUGGAAGCUGGUAUGCUUGCCCUGAGGCGAGAUGCUACAGAGGUGACUCACGAGGACUUUAAUGAAGGAAUUGUACAAGUCCAGGCCAAGAAGAAGUCGAGCUUGAACUACUAUGCUUAAUAAAAUGUAUGCUAAAUGUUUGUAACUGUACGGUCCAAGAUAUAUUUUUGCGUUUUCUUGGAGAUGUGAGUUUUUAACACCAUCAGGCAGGCCCUUGCUUCA